CCAAAAUAGGAAGCGCUUUGUAAAUAAGAGUAAAGGACUCGCUGGAGUGCGCAGAGAACAUUGAGUAGAGGUGUUUUCAAUACUUUUUGAGACUUGAACUGUGAGUUAGGCACUUUAUCCAGGUGGACAGAAACUCCUGAGCGAUGGUCGAGGUGUUUUCAGGCCGGACUCUUGUGAAUAAAGAAGGAGAUCUGGUGGAUCCAGAGCAAGCACUCCGGAAUAAAGUGGUGGGGCUGUAUUUCUCGGCUGGAUGGUGUCCUCCGUGUCGAGACUUCACCCCGCUGCUGUGUGAUUUCUACACCGAGCUGGUGGAGGAGAGCGAGCCUCCUGCCCAGUUUGAGAUCGUCUUCAUAUCCUCGGAUAAAUGCACAGAAGACAUGGUGGAGUAUUAUCAUGACAUGCACGGGGACUGGCUGGCUCUGCCCUGGACGGAUCCAUACAAACACGAACUCAAGAAGAGAUACAACAUCACAGCCUUACCGAAGCUGGUCAUCGUGAAGGAGAACGGUCAGGUGAUCACCGACAAAGGCCGAAAGCAGAUCCGGGACCAGGGUCUGGCGUGUUUCCGGAGCUGGCUGGAGGUGGCCGAGAUCUUCCAGAACUUUAAAGGCUGAGAAUCACGUGGAGCUUCCAACGAAUUCACAAGAGCUGCUGAAACCAACACUGAAAAGAGCCAGAACAUUCUUAUGCAAUUGUGUGCGAGAGCUUUAAACGUGUCUUUUCAGGUCAACAACCAACAAACUAGUCAAAAGUUACUUAAUACAGUUUUAAUAUCGUUUUAUAAUGUGGUAGUGAGCAGAUGUGUCCAAACUUUUGACUGGGGGUGUCUUUAAAAGGAAUAGUUCACCAAAAAAAAAAAAAGCUGAACAUUUACACAACCUCAGGUCAUCCAAGAUUAGGAUGAGUUUGUUUCUUCAUCAGAUUUGGAGAAAUGUAGCAUUGCAUCAGUGUCUCAUCAAUGGAUGCUCUGUAGUGAAUGGGUGCCGUCAGAAUGAGAGUCCAAACAGCUGAUAAAAAACAUCCAUUGAUGAGACACUGAUGCAAUGCUACAUUUCUCCAAAUCUGACAAAGAAAAAAAUUAAUCUUGGAUGGCUGAGUGUGAUGAUAUUAUCACCUAAUUUUCAUGUUUGCAGAAUGCUUUUGCUACUUAUUUUUUGUACAGCUGCUUUUAUAAGAAUCUAGUUAUUUAUAUAAAUAUGUACUCGUUGAUAUAUGAAUCUAUGCAUAAUCUCUCAUGUUCCGUGAAGGAUAGCAGAUGUUUACUGGUUCUGUUGUUAUGGUACAUCAGAAUGAUUCCUAUUCCUCUGUGUCUCAUUAAAACUCUUGGAUCGUC